AUCAACAUUCACAUUCAGUUAGAUCUGCGAUCAACACAUACACACAAUGAAAGUAAUAUUGUUUUCGGCGUGCGCAUUCGCGCUGUGCGCCUACACCUUAGCCGCAGAACAGUCGGCUAAGACGGCAAAAUCAGACGAUAACCAAUCCAAGAGAAGCGUGUCCGAAUUCGAAUACGGACAAGGUGGUUCUGAAAUCGCGAGCAGCGGCUACGGACACGGAGACUUUAGUGCCGGACACGGAGACUUCGGUGCAGGGCAUGGAGGCUUUAGUGCUGGAUACGGAGACUUUAGUGCCGGACACGGUGACUACAGUUCAGGACACGCAAACAUCGGCGGAGAUUACGCAUACGGUGGCUAUCAACAAUCGUCGUACGAACACCACGUGCCCGUCAAGACCAUAACCAAAAAUGUGCCACAACCGUACCCCGUAGAAGUAGCCAAGCCGUACCCUUACCCAGUCAAGGUGGCCGUUCCAGUCGACAAGCCGUACACAGUUGAAGUACCCAAACCGUACGCUGUGCACGUUGAGAAACCGUACCCCGUCAAAGUUCCAGUGCCCCAUCCUUACCCCGUGGUCAAGGAAGUACACGUACCCUACAAAGUGCCUGUCGAUCGCCCAUACCCCGUGCACGUCGACAAACCGUACCCCGUGUACGUCGAGAAGCAAGUGCCGUACCCGGUGGAGAAACAAGUCCACGUACCAGUCAAAGUUCCGGUCGACCGCCCAUACCCCGUGCACGUGCCCGUCGACAAGAUCGUACCGUACCCGGUCGAGAAGCCCGUCCACUAUCCGGUUAAGGUCCCAGUCGAACGCCCGUACCCCGUACCCGUGGUGAAGAGCAUCCCAUAUCCGGUCGAGAAGGAAGUGCCGUAUCCAGUGUACAAGACUAUCCCGUAUCCGAUUAAAGUGCCCGUCAAAGUCGCCGUUCCAGUGCCGUACCCGGUUAAGACAUACCAGCCCGAACACUACGAACACCAAGAACACCACCAAGAACAUCACGGAGAACACGAUUACCAUCACGGUAGCAGCGGAUAUUAAACUAACAAACUCCUUGAUCUAGUCACACUACAUUUAAGUCCAAUUAUUAACUAUUUUUUAUUUUAAUUGAAUGUUUUUUUCUUUGUAAUGUAAUGGAAGCGUUUAGAAAAUCUUUUAUCGUAUUCGAUCGUUUUUUUUUUUCUAGAAAAAAGUGAAAAGAUUUUGAUAGUUCUAUCGGCAAUAUUAUUAUGUCUGGUUGAGCCGUGAAAUACUUUAUAGUGUAUAUACCACAACGAUAUUAAUAAUACUCUAUACAUGAUACAAUAGUGUAAUUGUUUGGGUAUUAUUUAUAUUGGCCCAUUUUUAUAUAUCUAUGUAUUAAUCGUAUCCUUUUAUCUAUGUACAUUACAAAUAUAUAAAUGUACGUCAAUGUAUAUUGUAUAACUUUCUAUUGUUAUUAAACAUAUAAAUAAACAUGUUUCACUUA